AUGAUGAUCUCUAAUACUGUAACCAAAACGACCAACACCACCACGCGGUGUACUAGUGGUGCGAGUGAACGAGGAGGAGGAAAGAAGAUUAAAAAAAGCAGCGGAAACUUGCAAAGAAAUAAGAAUCGUUUCGAUUCCAAUUUUGAUUCCGUGAAAGUCGCCGCCACGUCCAAUCCAACCGGAAUUGCAACAGAAAAGAAAAACUUGAAAGUGUCCUUGGUAGGCUUGGGAUGCCCGAAAAACGUGGUAGACGCGGAAGUUAUGCUCGGGGACAUGCAAAAGAACGGGUACGACAUCACAACGAACCACGAAGAGGCGGAUGCUAUCAUCAUAAACUCGUGCGGGUUUAUCGACGACGCGAAGAGCGAAUCGGUGGAGGCGAUAUUGGAAGCGUCGAAACUGAGCAAAGGCGGGAAGAAGAAAAUCGUCGUGACUGGAUGUCUGGCGCAAAGGUACGGCGAGGAUUUGCAGAAGGAGUUACCGGAGGCGGAUUUAAUCGUCGGGUUUGAGAAUUACGGGAUGUUGCCGGACCUCGUGGAGGAGAGUUUGCGGGAACGCAAAAAUACUAUCGUGAGUCCGUUCGAUCCCGCGUCGCAAAACAGAAUCGGCGCUUCUGCGACGAGCACCAGCAGUAAAAACAUAAUCACGAACGACGAUUUGGUGUUGCCGAAAAAGAAGACGUUGGUCGGUGGAAACUCGCCGCCGUUUCGUUUGGAGAUUGAUCGAGUGCGGAUUACGCCGAAACACUCGGCGUAUUUGCGAGUCGCCGAAGGGUGCGAUCAUAAGUGCACGUUUUGCGCGAUUCCGUCGUUUAGAGGUAAAUUUCGAUCGAAAAAGUUUGAGCCCAUCGUGGACGAGGCGAAAGCGUUAGGCCAGCUCGGGGCGAAAGAGUUGUGUUUAAUCGCGGAAGAUACCAACCAGUGGGGGAUGGAUUUGCGAGCGCAAGACGGUCGAGGGUUAGCCGAGCUUUUGGAAACGUUAGCCGAAGUCGACGGCAUCGAAUGGAUUCGGAUUUUAUACGCGUACCCGAGUUACUUCUCGGACGAGUUAAUCACCGCCAUCGCGGACGUCCCGCAGGUGUGUAAAUACAUCGACAUUCCUCUCCAACACAUCACCAAUUUGAGUUUACUCCGAAUGAACCGACCGCCUCGCCAGCACGCGGAAGACUUGUUAUAUAAACUCCGAGAUCGAAUUCCCGGUUUAGCCUUACGCACGACGUUCAUAUCUGGUUUCCCGGGCGAAACCGAGGAAGAACACGAAGAGUUGAUGCAAUUUUGCCGCGACUUUAAAUUUGAACGAUUAGGCGCUUUCGCCUACUCCGAAGAAGACGGCACGCCGGCGGCGGAGUACCCGGACCAAGUCAAAGACGAUCUCCGCGCCUUACGCCGGGACCAGCUCGUCGCGCAACAACAAGAAAUAUCCGAAAGUUUCGCCCAAUCUCGCGUCGGUCAAACCUUGGACGUCCUCGUCGACAACUUCGACGAGGACAUGGACGCCUGGGUCGGCAGAACCGCUUUAGAAGCGCCGGAUAUCGACCCCGUCGUGUUCAUUUCAGAAGCUGAAAAUGGAGGGCAAAAGUUAGAGCCAGGACAGAUGAGGAAGUGUAAAAUCGUCGGGUCCUCUUUGUUCGACUUGGAAGCCGUCGCUUUGUAG